AUGAGCAACCCAUUUGGCCACCACCUUCCAACUCGUAAAGUUGCCUUUGUGGCUGGCGCCAACGGUAUUAGCGGGGGAGCCAUUAUCGAUCAUCUGGUUAAGCAGUCACACAGAGAAUGGUCGGAGAUCAUCACUACUUCGAGGAGACCCAUUAAGUCAAUCUACACGGACCCGAGGGUUCGGUUCGUUGCCCUCGACUUCCUGGAGCCGGCUGAGGAAAUUGUCGACAAAAUUAAGGAGCUCUGCAAGGAUGUUACCCAUGCCUUUUUCACUUCCUACGUCCACGACAAUGACUUCUCCAAGCUCCACGUGAAGAACGGCCCUCUGUUCCGCAAUUUCCUAGAGUCGGUAGACCUAGCCUGCCCUAGAUUGCAGCGUGUGGUCUUGCAAACUGGAGGAAAGCAUUAUGGAUUCCAAUUCAGGGACAUCAAAACCCCCCUCGUGGAGAACAUGCCUCGCUACGAAGGUCCCGAGAACAUCUUCUACUACGAGCAAGAAGAUGACCUGUUCGCCAUCCAGAAGCGCCGUAGUACUUGGAACUACAACAUCAUCCGCCCCAUGGGUAUCAUUGGCUACAGCUGGCAGUACCUCGGUAUCAACGAAACACUUCCGAUAGCCCAGUACUUCCUCAUCUGCCGUGAACUCGGGGAGGCCCCCCAAUGGCCAGGAAACCUAGACAGCUACCACCGAGUCGAGAACCAGUCUUACGCCCCCAGCAUUGCUGACCUCACUGUCUGGGCUGCGACACAGGACCAGUGCAGGGAUGAGGUUUUCAACCACUGCAACGGUGAUGUGAUUGUCUGGAAGUUCCUGUGGCACUUGCUCGCCGAUUACUUCAAGGUCCCGAUGGACAAGUUUGAAGCCCCCACGGAGCAGACGAAGUCUAUGAACAUGGGUGAGUGGGCCAAGGACAAGAAGCCGAUAUGGGAGAGAAUCGUUGCCAAGUACGGUGGUGAAAUCGAGGCGUUCCAGCUAGGCGAAUUUGAGUUGAUGAACUGGUUAAUCACGCCAUCGCCGCAGAAGAUCCCAUUCAUCAGCACUGUUGCCAAGGCUCGCGAGUUUGGCUGGAACCGUAGUGAUGACACUUACCAGACGUGGUUGGACACCCUACGGUCCUACGAAAAUGCCGGUGUGCUGCCCAUCCUUUGA